AUGCUGCUCCCUACUCUUCUCUUUGGGAUGGCAUGGGCACUGGCUAAAGGGCGCUGGUGUGAGCGGACGGAGACCAUCCACGUGGAGGAGGAAGUGGCCCCCCGUCGGGAGGACUUGGUGCCCUGCACCAGCCUCUACCAUUACAGCCGCCUGGGCUGGAGGCUGGACCUGCCCUGGACUGGUCGUGUGGGGCUCCCAGCGCCUGGGCUCUGUCCUAUCUACAAGCCCCCAGAAACCCGGCCUGCUAUGUGGAACCGGACCGUGAGGGCUUGCUGCCCAGGAUGGGGGGGACCCCACUGCACCGAGGCCCUUGCCAAAGCCAGCUCUGAGGGCCACUGCUUUGCCACGUGGCAGUGCCAGCCUUGGGCAGGCUCAGCUAAUGCCUCGGCAGGAAGCCUGGAUGAGUGCUGUGCCCGGCCCUGGGGACACAGCUGGUGGAAUGGCAGCUCCCAGGCCUGCCUCAGCUGUUCCAGCCAACACUUUCCAGGCAAUGCCUCCUCUCCAGCCCUCCUGCAGCCCCUAGCAGGGGCUGUGGGUCAGCUCUGGAGCCAGCACCAGCGUCCCUCAGCCACCUGUGCCACCUGGUCAGGCUUCCACUACCGCACCUUUGAUGGGCGCCACUACCACUUCCUGGGCCACUGCACCUACCUGCUGGCGGGAGCUGCUGAUUCCACCUGGGCUGUCCACCUCAGGCCCAGGGGCCACUGCCCUCAGCCUGGGCACUGUCAGCUGGUCCGGGUGACGAUGGGGCCUGAGGAGGUGCUGGUCCAGGGGGGAAACGUCUCUGUGAAGGGGCAGCUGGUGCCCAGUGGGGAGUCACGGCUGCUCCAUGGGCUGAGUCUGCAGUGGCAGGGGGACUGGCUGGUGCUGUCGGGGGGCCUGGGGGUCGUUGUGCGGCUGGACAGGUCCAGUUCGGUUUCCAUCUCCGUGGACCACGGGCUCUGGGGACAGACUCAAGGUCUCUGCGGGCUCUACAAUGGCCAGCCUGAGGAUGACUUUCUGCAGCCAGGCGGGGGACUGGCCGUGUUAGUUGCCACCUUUGGGAAUUCCUGGAGGCUCCCGGAGUCUGAGCCUGGGUGUCUAGAUGUGGUGGAGGCAGCCCAGGGCUGUGAGGACCCCCUGGAGGGCACAGAGGCAGGCACGGAGACUGCCCAGCUGCGGGCUGAAGCCCAGGACAUUUGCCAUCAGCUGCUGGACGGUCCAUUCAGGCAAUGCCACACCCAGGUGCACCCCAUUGAAUACCAUGAGGCCUGCCUCUUUGCCUACUGUGCAGGGGCCAUGGCGGACAGUGGGCAAGAGGGGCGGCAGGAAGCCGUGUGUGCCACCUUUGCCAACUACGCCCAGGCCUGUGCCAGGCAGCGCAUCCAAAUCCACUGGAGGAAGCCUGGCUUCUGUGAGCGCUCAUGCCCGGGCGGCCAGCUCUACUCAGACUGUGUCCCGUCCUGCCCGCCAAGCUGUGCGGCGGUGGGUGAGGGAGAGGAGGGGUCCUGCGGGGAGGAGUGUGUGAGCGGCUGUGCCUGCCCACCCGGCCUCUUCUGGGAUGGCACCCUCUGCGUGCCUGCCGCCCGCUGCCCCUGCUACCACCGGCGCCAGCGCUACGCUCCCGGCGACACUGUGCGCCAGCUGUGCAACCCGUGCGUGUGCCAGGACGGCCGCUGGCACUGCGCGCAGGCCGCGUGCCCCGCGGAGUGUGCGGUGGGCGGGGACGGGCAUUACGUCACCUUUGAUGGGCGGAGCUUCUCCUUCCGGGGCGGUCCAGGUUGCCGCCACAUCCUGGUGCAGGACUAUGUCAAGGGGCAGCUGCAGAUCCUGCUGGAGCACGGGGCCUGUGACUCUGGGAGCUGCCUCCAUGCCAUCUCUGUCUCCCUGGGAGACACCCAUGUCCAGCUCAGGGACUCAGGAGCUGUACUGGUCGAUGGGCAGGAUGUGGGCUUGCCCUGGUUUGGCGCUGGGGGGCUCCAUGUCUUCCGAGCCUCUUCCAUCUUCCUGCUGCUGCACUGGCCGGGGGCCCGGGUCCUCUGGGGGGUGUCUGACCCUGCAGCCUACAUCAGUCUGGACCCCCGCCAUGCCCACCAGGUACAGGGUCUGUGUGGCACCUUCACCUGGAACCAGCAGGAUGACUUCCUGACACCAGCUGGGGAUGUGGAGACCAGCAUUGCCACCUUUACUAGCAAGUUCCAGGUGGCAGGCGAGGGAAGGUGCCCCUUGGGGGACAGUGCCCUGUUCUCCCCCUGCAGCACCUAUUCCCAGCGCCAUGCUUUCGCGGAGGCAGCCUGUGCCAUCCUGCAUGGCCCAGCCUUCCAGGAAUGCCACAGGCUAGUGGACAGGGAGCCGUUCCAGCUGCGCUGCUUGGCAGCUGUGUGUGGCUGUGCCCCAGGCCGGGACUGCCUGUGCCCCGUGGUCUCUGCCUAUGCACACCGCUGUGCCCAGGAGGGUGCCCCAUCUCCCUGGAGGAGCCAGACCCUCUGCCCUGUCCUGUGUUCUGGUGGCCAGGAGUACCAGGAGUGUGCCCCGGUGUGUGGUCAACACUGUGGGGAGCCAGAGGACUGUGGGGAGCUAGGCGGCUGUGUGGCCGGUUGUAACUGCCCCCCAGGGCUGCUGUGGGACCCUGAGGGCCAGUGUGUGCCCCCCAACUUGUGUCCGUGCCAGCUCGGAGCCCAUCGCUAUGGCCCUGGCAGAGCCACCAUGAAGGACUGCAACCGCUGUGUCUGCCAGGAGAGGGGUCUCUGGAAUUGCACGACUCGCCACUGCCCCCCACAGCGGGCGUUCUGCCCCCAGGGCCUUGUCUAUGCUCCUGGCACCUGCCUCCUCACCUGUGACAGCCCCAGAGCCAACCACUCGUGCCCGUCAGGCAGCGCUGAUGGCUGCGUCUGUCCUCCAGGCACUGUGCUGCUGGAUGAGCGCUGUGUGCCUCCUGACCUCUGUCCCUGCCGUCACAGUGGGCAGUGGUACCCACCUAAUGCCACCAUCCAGGAGGACUGCAACAUCUGUGUGUGUCAGGGCCGGCAGUGGCACUGCACAGGCCAGCGAUGCAGUGGACAGUGCCAGGCGUCUGGUGCCCCCCACUACGUGACAUUUGAUGGACUGGCCUUCACCUUCCCUGGGGCCUGCGAGUAUCUGCUGGUGCGAGAGGCCAGCGGCCGGUUCACAGUCUCGGCCCAGAACCUACCCUGCGGGGCCAGCGGCCUCACCUGCACCAAGGCACUGGCCGUGCGUCUGGAGAGCACUGUUGUGCACAUGCUCAGAGGCCGGGCAGUGAUGGUGAAUGGGGUGAGCGUGAUGCCCCCCAAGGUCUACACGGGCCCUGGGCUGAGCCUGCGCCACGCCGGCCUCUUCCUGCUGCUCACGACCCGCCUGGGCCUCACCGUGCUCUGGGACGGAGGCACCCGGGUCCUGGUGCAGCUGUCUCCCCAGUUCCAUGGUCGUGUAGCUGGGCUGUGUGGAGACUUUGAUGGCGAUGCCAGUAAUGACCUGCGGAGCCGCCAGGGAGUCCUGGAGCCCACGGCUGAGCUGGCUGCCCACUCCUGGCGCCUCAGUCCCCUCUGCCCCGAGCCAGGAGACCUGCCACACCCCUGCACUGUGAACGCCCAUCGGGCCGGCUGGGCUCGGGCCCGCUGUGGGGUGAUGCUGCGGCUGUUUGCUUCGUGCCACGCGGAGGUGCCCCCGCAGCAGCACUACGAGUGGUGUGUGUACGAUGCCUGCGGCUGCGAUUCGGGGGGCGACUGUGAGUGCCUCUGCUCGGCCAUUGCCAACUACGCAGACGAGUGCGCCCGGCACGGGCACCACGUGCGCUGGCGCAGCCAGGAGCUCUGCCCCCUGCAGUGUGAAGGAGGACAGGUGUAUGAGGCCUGUGGCCCCACAUGUCCCCCCACCUGCCGUGACCACCAUCCUGAGCCUGGGUGGCACUGCCAGGCCAUUGCCUGUGUGGAGGGCUGCUUCUGUCCCGAGGGAACUCUGCUGCAUGGAGGAGCCUGUGUGGAGCCGGCGUCCUGCCCCUGUGAGUGGGGGGGCAGCUUCUUCCCGCCUGGGACCAUGCUGCAGAAGGACUGCGGGAACUGCACGUGCCAGGAAAGUCAGUGGCAUUGUGGGGGUGAUAGUGCCCACUGUGAGGAGCUGGUGCCUGGCUGUGCAGAGGGAGAGAUCUCAUGCCAGCAGAGCGGGCACUGUGUGCCCCCUGGAUGGCUUUGUGACAACCAGGACGACUGUGGCGAUGGCUCAGACGAGGAAGGCUGUGCUACCCCAGGCUGUGGAGAGGGGCAGAUGUCUUGCAACUCUGGCCACUGCCUGCCCCUGGCCCUGCUCUGCGAUGGGCGGGAUGACUGUGGAGAUGGGACGGAUGAGCAGGGCUGCCCAUGCCCACCAGACUCACUGGCCUGCGCUGAUGGGCGUUGCCUGCCCCUGGCCCUGCUCUGCAAUGGGCAUCCUGACUGUCCAGACGCUGCUGAUGAGGAGUCCUGUCUGGGGCAGGUGAACUGCGUCCCUGGGGAGUUGCCCUGUGUUGAUGGCACCUGCGUUGGGGCCAUCAAGCUGUGUGAUGGAGUCUGGGACUGCCCAGAUGGAGCUGAUGAGGGGCCUGGGCAGUGCCCCCUCCCCUCUCUGCCUGUACCCCCUGCUGGCACCUUGUACCCUGCACCAAGUCCCCCUGCCAGCGCCGGCCCUGCGCCGCCCUGCGGCCCCUUCGAGUUUCCGUGCGACAGCGGCGAGUGCACCCCGCGCGGCUGGCGCUGCGACAAGGAGGAGGACUGCGCAGACGGCAGCGACGAGCGUGGCUGCGGCGGGUCGUGCGAGCUGCACCACGCGCCCUGCGCCCGCGGGCCGCACUGCGUGGCCCCGGGACAGCUGUGCGACGGCGUGCCGCAGUGCCCCGACAGCUCGGACGAGGGCCCCGACGCCUGCGAGGGACUGCCUGCCCCAGGAGGCCCUAACAGGACAGGAGUUCCCUGCCCAGAAUACUCCUGCCCUGACGGCAUCUGCAUCAGUUUCCAGCUGGUGUGUGACGGGGAGCCCGACUGUGCAUCUGCAGCUGAGGCAGGGCCCUCCCCAGAAGAGCAGGGUUGUGGGGUCUGGGGCCCCUGGAGCCCGUGGGGGCCGUGCAGCCAGACAUGUGGGCCGGGGGUGCAGGGCCGGAGCCGCCGCUGCUCCCCACCCAGUCUGUGGGUGCUGCAGCACUGCCAGGGCCCCGAACACCAGUCUCAGGCCUGCUUUGCCCUGGCCUGCCCAGUGGACGGUGAAUGGAGCCCUUGGUCUCCCUGGUCUCUUUGCUCCAAGUCGUGCGGGGGUGCCAUGAUGCGACAUCGGCAGUGCCACCCACCCCAAAACGAGGGCAGGAGUUGUGCUGUGCUGCCCGGGGGCCCUCACAGCACCCACCAAAGCAAGCCCUGCCCUCAGGACAGCUGUCCCAAUGCCACCUGCUCCGGGGAGCUGGUGUUCCGGUCCUGUGCUCCCUGCCCUUUGACCUGUGAUGACAUCUCUGGCCAGACCAUGUGCCCACCUGACCGUCCCUGCAGCAGCCCAGGCUGCUGGUGCCCAGAAGGGCAGGUGCUGGGCAGCGAGGGGCGGUGUGUAUGGCCCCGGCAGUGCCCCUGCCUGGUGGACGGCACCCGCUACUGGCCUGGGCAGCGCAUCAAGGCUGACUGCCGGCUCUGCAUCUGUCAGGAUGGGCGGCCCCGGCGCUGCCGGCCUAACCCGAACUGUGCUGUGAACUGUGGCUGGUCAUCCUGGUCCCCCUGGGCUGAAUGUCUGGGCCCCUGUGACAGCCAGAGCAUCCAGUGGUCCUUCCGGAGCCCCAACAACCCCCGCCCCUCAGGCCGAGGUCGCCAGUGCCACGGCAUCCACCGCAAGGCCCGCAGGUGCCAGACAGAGCCCUGUGAGGGGUGUGAGCAGCAGGGCCGAGGCCGCCGCGUUGGGGAACGCUGGCGCGGGAGCCCCUGCAGCGUGUGCCAGUGUUUGCACAACCGCACCACGCACUGCUCCCCCUACUGCCCGCUGGGCAGCUGCCCUCAGGGAUGGGUCCUGGUGGAAGGAAUGGGAGCAUCUUGUUGUCACUGUGCCCUGCCUGGAGAGAACCACACAGUCCACACCAUCGCCAUUCCCACCCCAACUCCAGGCCCCAGUCCCCAGAUCGGACCCCCUCUGGCCACCUAUGUUCUGCCUCCACUGGGAGACCCCUGCUACUCGCCCCUGGGCCUGGCCCGACUGCCCAGGGGGAGCCAGCGUGCAUCGUGGCAGCAGCUGGAGUACUCCCCCUGGGCUGCCCUCCUGGGGGCUCCCACUGAGGGGCCCAGUUUUCAGGGAGGGAGCCCCGGAGAGGAUGCUAACGCUGAGUGGCACACCCGACCCCUCUACCUGCAGCUGGACCUGCUGUGGCCCCGCAACCUAACUGGCAUCGUAGUGCAGGGAGCUGAUUCCUCCCAUGCUUCUGUCACCAGCUUCUCACUGCAGUUCAGCAGUGAUGGUCUACACUGGCACGACUAUGGUGACGUCCUGCCUAGCAUCUUGCCUCUGCCCCAGCUCUUCCCUGGGAAAUGGGAUGAUGUGGCCCCCGAGGUAUACACAUUCAGCCAGAUGGUGCAGGCGAGGCACGUCAGGGUGUGGCCCCAUGAUGGCCACCAGAGUGAUGUCCACCGCAGUGUCUUCCUGUGGGUAGAUCUGCUGGGCUGUGAGCCAGUGUCCCCACCAGCGCCCCCAUGCCAAGGGGCCGGGCACCGCUGCUCCAAUGGUGAGUGUGUCCCCAGAGGGGGCCCGUGUGACGGUGUUGCAGACUGCAAGGAUGGCUCUGACGAGGAGGGAUGUGUGCCCCUGCCCACAGGUACUGGCAGUGUCCUUUCCACAGCCAGAACCCCGGCCCUCUCCUCCACCCAGCCCGGACAGCUGCCCCCGCAGCCCCAAGAGGGUCUGGCAGAGACUGCGCACUGGCAUCCUGGCCAGCUGUCACCUGUGCCCCCCACAGAGAAGAGGCCAGUGAGUCCUGUCCCAGCCUCUGAGGCUCCUCACCCAAGUUCUGGGGAAUCUGUGCAGACGGUGACCAUCAUCCCCACCUCCCAGCCGGAGGCCAAAGCCCUGCAACCAGGAAUGGCAGCCGUGACGGUGCUCCCCCCACACCCAGUGACUCCGGGGACCCCCAUGGGCCAGAGUGUCGCCCCAGGGCCCUUCCCGCCAGUGCGGUGCAGCCCCGGCCAGCGGCCGUGCGAGGCGCUGGGCUGCGUGGAGCAGGAGCAGCUGUGCGACGGGAGGGAGCACUGCCUUGACGGCUCUGACGAGAGGCGCUGCGGUGAGCACGGGGCCCCCUGGGCUCCCUCGAGACUCCCCUGCUCCUGGGCAGCAAGCACUGUGCCCUUCACGGUGCCCACCACGGCCCUGCCUGGGCUGCCCACCUCGCGAGCCCUCUGCUCCCCGAGCCAGCUGAGCUGCGGCAGCGGAGAGUGCCUGCCCGCUGAGCGGCGCUGCGACUUGCGGCCCGACUGCCAGGACGGCUCCGACGAGGACGGUUGUGUGGACUGCGUGCUGGCGCCCUGGUCCGGCUGGAGCGGCUGCAGCCAUAGCUGUGGCCUGGGCCUCGCCUUCCAGCGCCGGGAGCUGCGGCGGCCUCCCCUGCCUGGGGGCAGCUGCCCGCCUGACCGGCUCCGCAGCCAGUCCUGCUUUGUGCAGGCCUGCCCAGUGGCUGGGGUGUGGGCCAUGUGGGAGGCCUGGGGACCCUGCAGCGUCUCUUGUGGAGGUGGCCAUCAGAGUCGCCGGAGGAGCUGUGUGGACCCCCCACCCAAGAAUGGUGGUGCCCCCUGCCCCGGGGCCUCCCAGGAGAGGGCACCCUGUGGCUUGCAGCCCUGCACAGGUGGCACAGACUGUGGGAUGGGCCUUGUGCAUGUGAGUGCUGAGCUGUGCCAGAAGGGGCUGGUGCCCCCAUGCCCACCCUCUUGCCUGGACCCCGAGGCCAACAGAAGCUGUGAUGGGCGCUGUGUGGAGGGAUGCCGCUGUCCCCCGGGGCUUCUUCUCCAUGACACUCGCUGCCUGCCCCUCUCCGAGUGCCCCUGCCUCAUGGGUGAAGAGCUGAAGCAGCCGGGGGUGUCUUUCCUCCUGGACAACUGCAGCCGAUGCAUGUGUGAGAAGGGGGCGCUGCUGUGCGAACCAGGGGGCUGCCCGCUGCCCUGCGGCUGGUCAGCCUGGUCCUCCUGGGCCCCCUGUGACCGUUCCUGUGGCUCUGGCAUGAGGGCCAGGUUCAGGUCUCCCUCCAACCCUCCAGCAGCUUCUGGGGGUGCCCCAUGUGAAGGCGACAGGCAGGAACUGCAGGUCUGCCACACAGAGUGUGGGACAGAGGCUCUGGCCUGGACUCCCUGGACGUCCUGGUCCUCCUGUUCCCAGAGCUGCCUCUCCCCUGGAGGGGGCCCGGGCUGGCGCCGUCGUUUCCGGCUCUGCCCCAUCCCCGGGGACACAUCCUGCCCAGGAGAAGCCACCCAGGAGGAGCUCUGCAACCCCCCUGUAUGCCCAGGGCCAAGCGUCUGGGGGCUGUGGGCUCCCUGGUCCACCUGCUCAGCCCCCUGUGACGGAGGCAUCCAGAUACGUGGCCGCAGCUGCUCGGGCUCGGCUCCCAGGAACUCCACGUGCCAGGGACCCCACAGUCAGACCAGGGACUGCAACACGCAGCCCUGCACAGCCCAGUGCCCAGGGAACAUGGUGUUCCGCUCAGCAGAACAGUGUCGCCAGGAGGGGGGCCCGUGUCCUCGGCUGUGCCUGUCGCAGAGCUCUGGGGUGGAGUGCACGGGCUUCUGUGCCCCUGGCUGUACCUGCCCCCCAGGCCUCUUCCUGCACAACGCGAGCUGCCUGCCCCGCAGCCAGUGCCCCUGCCAGCUGCACGGGCAGCUCCACGCGCCGGGAGCAGUGGCUCGCCUGGACUCCUGCAACAACUGCACCUGUAUCUCCGGUGAGAUGGAGUGCACCUCGGAGCUGUGCCCAGUGGCCUGUGGGUGGAGUCCCUGGACCCCAUGGAGUCUCUGCAGCCGCACUUGCAAUGUGGGCAUUCAGCGGCGCUUCCGAGCAGGCACUGCACCCCCAGCUGCCUUUGGGGGUGCUGAGUGCCAGGGUCCCAGCAUGGAAGCUGAAUUCUGCAGCCUGCGACCAUGUCGAGGUCCUGGUGGGGAGUGGGGCCCCUGGUCUCCGUGCUCUGUGCCCUGCGGCGGGGGCUACAGGAACCGCACCCAAGGCAGUGGCCUGCACAGCCCUAUGGAAUUCUCCACCUGUGGCCUGCAGCCCUGUGCAGGGCCAGUGCCUGGCAUGUGUCCCAGGGGGAAGCGGUGGCUGGACUGUGCCCAGGGCCCAGCCUCCUGUGCAGAGCUCAGCGCUCCAAGAGGGACUAAUCAGACCUGCCACCCUGGCUGCUACUGCCCAUCUGGGAUGCUCCUGCUGAACAACGUCUGCGUGGCCGCCCAGGACUGCCCCUGCACCCACGGGGGCCGCCUCCAUCGCCCGGGCAGUGCUGUGCUUUGGCCAUGUGAGAACUGCUCCUGUGUCUCUGGGCUCAUCACCAACUGCAGCUCUUUGCCUUGUGAGGAGGGUCAGCCCACAUGGUCACCCUGGACCCCGUGGAGUGAGUGCUCAGCCUCCUGCGGCCCUGCCCGACGCCACCGACACCGCUUCUGUGCCAGGGCCCCCAGCGUGGCACCAUCCAGCGUGGCUCUGCUGUCCCCGCCAGCCACGCCCACGCCUGUCUGCCCAGGCCCGGAGGCUGAGGAGGAGCCGUGUCUCCUGCCAGGGUGUGACCGAGCUGGGGACUGGGGUCCUUGGGGGCCCUGGUCCAGCUGUAGCCGGAGUUGUGGGGGAGGCCUGCGGAGCCGGACCCGAGCCUGUGACCAGCCCCCACCCCAGGGACUGGGGGAUUACUGUGAGGGGCCUCGGGCCCAGGGGGAGGCCUGCCAGGCUCUGCCUUGCCCAGUGACCAACUGCACUGCCAUAGAAGGGGCCGAGUACAGCCCCUGCGGACCCCCCUGUCCUCGCUCCUGUGAUGACCUAGUGCACUGCGUGUGGCGCUGCGAGCCCGGCUGCUACUGCCCCCCGGGCCAGGUGCUGAGUGCCGACGGGGCUGUGUGCGUGCGGCCGGGUCACUGCGACUGCCUGGACCUGCUGACCGGAGAGCGGCACCACCCGGGUGCUCUGCUGGCAAGGCCCGACGGCUGCAACCACUGCACCUGCUUGGAGGGGAGGCUGAACUGCACGGAACUGCCCUGCGCAGUGCCUGGAGGCUGGUGCCCGUGGUCGGAGUGGACAGCAUGCUCCCAGCCCUGCCAGGGCCAGAUGAGGACCCGCUCCAGGGCCUGCGCCUGUCCCGCUCCUGAGCAUGGGGGCGCCCCAUGCCCCGGGGAAGCUGGGGAGGCAGGCACCCAGCAUCAGAAGGAGCCCUGCCCCAGCCCCGCCCCGUGCCCAGUGGACGGAGCCUGGAGCCCAUGGGGACCGUGGUCUCCCUGUGAUGCAUGCUUGGGGCAGUCCCUUCGGAGCCGAGCAUGCAGCCGGCCCCCCACCUCUGAGGGAGGCAGGCCCUGCCCUGGAGGCCACAUGCAGAGUCGCCCUUGUCAGGACAACUCCACCCAAUGCACAGACUGCGGAGGUGGCCAAAGCCUGCUCCCUUGUGGGCGGCCCUGUCCCCACUCCUGCCAAGACCUGUCCCCCGGGAAUAUGUGCCAGCCAGGCUCCACAGGCUGCGAGCCCAGCUGUGGGUGUCCCCCCAGUCAGCUGUCCCAGGAUGGGCUCUGUGUGCCCCCAGCCCUCUGCCGCUGCCAGUACCAGCCUGGAGCCAUAGGGAUCCCUGAGAACCAGAGCCGGUCAGCAGGGUCUGGGCUCAGUUCCUGGGAAAGCCUGGAACCUGGAGAGGUGGUGACUGGGCCUUGUGACAACUGCACCUGUGUGGCAGGCGUCCUGCAGUGCCAGGAGAUGCCGGGCUGCCCUGGUCCUGGCAUGUGGACCUCCUGGGGACCCUGGGAGGCCUGCAGUGUUUCAUGCGGGGGAGGGGAGCAGCUGCGCUCCCGGCGCUGCGCCCGUCCCCCCUGCCCGGGGCCAGCCCGCCAGAGCCGCACCUGCAGCACCCAGGUCUGCAGAGAGGCAGGCUGCCCGGCCGGCCGUCUGUACCGCGAGUGCCCGCCCGGCGGGGGAUGCCCCUUCUCCUGUGCGCACGUCACGCAACAGAUGGGCUGCUUCUCCGAUAGCUGCGAGGAGGGCUGUCACUGCCCCGAAGGCACCUUCCAACACCACUUGGCCUGCGUCCAGGAGUGCCCCUGUGCACUGACGGCCUCACUGCUGCAGGAGCUGGCAGCCGCGAGCACUGACCCGGGGGAGCACCCACCCUUCCUGGGAGAGGGCGGUCAGCUCUUUGGGCCUGGAGAUGAACUAGCCUCAGGCCAGAUGCUACAUACAGGCUGCAGCAACUGCUCCUGUGCACAUGGGAAGCUGUCUUGCUCCAUGGAGGACUGCUCCAAGGCCCAUAGUGGCUUUGGCCCCUGGGGCCCAUGGAGCGCAUGUUCCCACUCCUGUGGUGGACUGGGCACCCGCACCCGCAGCCGCCACUGUGUGCGCCCCACGCCAGCUCCCAGUGGCCAGGGCUGCCACGGGCCCCACCAGGACCUUGAGUACUGCCCCAGCCCAGACUGUCCUGGGGCUGAAAGAUCCACGGUGGAGCCAGUGACAAGCCUUCCAGGUGGCUGGGGCCCAUGGUCCCCGUGGUCCCCCUGCUCCCACAGCUGCACAGACCUCUCUCACCCUGCGUGGCGCAGCCGCACCCGCCUCUGCCUGGCUAACUGCACCGUGGGGGACCCCUGGCAGGAGCGCCCCUGCAACCUGCCCUCGUGUACAGAGCUGCCCCUGUGCCCUGGCCCUAGCUGCGGGACUAGGAACUGCUCUUGGACGGCCUGGGCCCCAUGGGAACCAUGCUCCCGCAGCUGCGGGGUGGGCCAGCAGCGCCGCCUGCGGGCAUACCAUCCCCCAGGGCCCGGGGGGCACUGGUGCCCCGACAUCCUCACUGCUUACCAGGAGCGCCGCUUCUGCAGCCUGCGCGCUUGCCCAGUGCCCGGAGGCUGGUCACGCUGGAGCCCCUGGUCCUGGUGUGACCGGAGCUGUGGGGCGGGCCGAUCCCUGAGGAGUCGCAGCUGCUCGAGCCCCCCACCCAAGAACGGGGGUGCCCCCUGUGUUGGGGAGAGGCACCACGCCCGGCUCUGCAAUCCCGAGCCCUGUGAGGAGGGCUGCCCAGUGGGCAUGGAGGUGGUCAGCUGUGCCAACCGCUGCCCUCGCCGCUGCUCAGACCUCCAGGAGGGAGUCGUGUGUCAAGAUGGCCAGGCCUGCCAGCGUGGCUGCCGCUGCUCCAAGGGGUCCCUGGAGCAGGACGGCAGCUGCGUGCCAGUUGGGCAGUGUGAGUGCACAGAUGCCCGGGGCCACAGUUGGGCCCCGGGGAGCCAGCACCAGGACGCCUGCAACAACUGCUCCUGCCAGGAUGGGCAGCUCUCCUGCACAGCGCAGCCCUGCCCGCCACCCACCCACUGCGCCUGGAGCCGCUGGUCUGCCUGGAGUCCCUGCAGCCACUCGUGUGGCCCCGGAGGGCAGCAGAGCCGCUUCCGGUCCUCCACAUCGGGCUCGUGGGCCCCAGAGUGUCAGGAAGAGCAGUCCCAGAGCCAGCCCUGCCCUCAGUCCCCGUGCCCACCCCUGUGCCUGCAGGGCACCCGCCCCCGCACCCUGGGGGACAGCUGGCUACAGGGAGAGUGCCAGCAGUGCUCCUGCACCCCGGAGGGCGUGAUCUGCGAAGACAUCGAGUGUGCAGUGCCCGGGGCCUGGACGGUCUGGUCCCCCUGGUCUGACUGCCCUGUCUCCUGUGGAGGUGGAAACCAGGUCCGCACCCGGGCCUGCCUGGCCCUGGCCUCUCACCACAGGGAGCCACCCUGCCAGGGCCCCAACACCCAGACCCAGCGCUGUGAGCCGCAGCCAUGCCUAGGGAUGCUGGAGGCCUGCUCCUGGGGCCCAUGGGGGCCCUGUUCCCACAGCUGUGGCCCAGGUCUGGCCUCCCGCUCUGGGUCCUGCCCCUGCCUGCUGGCCCAGGCAGACCUCACCUGCAAUGACACUUUCCUCCACCUGGACACCCAGGCCUGCUACCCAGGGCCCUGCCCAGAGCAGUGCGUGUGGAGCAGCUGGAGCAGCUGGACACGCUGCUCGUGCCAGGUGCUGGUGCAGCAGCGCUACCGACACCAGGGACCAGCCCCCGGAGGCACUGGAGAGGGCCCCCCAUGCACGCGUCUGGAUGGCCACUUCCGGCCUUGCCUCCUCCGCAACUGCUCUGAGGACAGUUGCACGCCUCCCUUCCAGUUCCAGGCCUGUGGCUCUCCCUGCACCGGGCUCUGUGCCACACACCUGAGCCAUCAGCUCUGCCAGGACCUGCCACCCUGCCAGCCUGGCUGCUACUGCCCCAAGGGGCUGCUGGAGCAGGCUGGGGGCUGCGUCCCCCCAGAGCAGUGUAACUGCUGGCACACCUCAGGAGAGGGAGCCAGGGUGACCCUGGCCCCAGGGGACCGCCUGCAGCUGGGCUGUAAGGAGUGUGAAUGCCGGCGUGGAGAGCUCCAGUGCACCAGCCAGGGCUGUCAAGGUCUUCUGCCUCUGAGCGGCUGGUCCGAGUGGUCGCCCUGUGGGCCCUGCCUGCCCCCCAGCACCCUGGCCCCUGCCUCCAGGACUGCCCUAGAGGGGCGCUGGCCCCACGACUCAGCCGGCCUCACCUCAACCUCGGGCGCCAUGCUGGUUUCGGAGCAGCACCGCCACCGCCUCUGUCUGGACCCUGAGUCAGGGAGGCCUUGGGCCGGAGACCCUCACCUCUGCACCGCGCCCCUCAGCCAGCAACGCCUCUGUCCCGACCCUGGAACCUGCCGUGACUCGUGCCAGUGGAGUCCUUGGGGGCCCUGGAGCCCCUGCCAGGUGCCCUGCAGUGGGGGAUUCCGGCUGCGCUGGAGACAGGCAGGGGGUCCCCCUGGAGGAGGCUGCCGGGGGCCAUGGGCUCAGACUGAGAGCUGCAACCUAGGGUCCUGCCCAGGGGAGAGUUGCGAGGCCCGAGACACAGUGUUCACCCUGGACUGUGCCAACCAGUGCCCUCGCAGCUGCGCUGACCUCUGGGACCGCGUGCAGUGUCUGCAGGGACCCUGCCGCCAAGGCUGCCGCUGUCCCCCUGGCCAACUGGUACAGGACGGGCGCUGCGUGCCAAUCUCCUCUUGCCGCUGUGGCCUCCCCAGUGCCAAUGCUUCCUGGGAGCUGGCCCCAACCCAGGUGGUGCUGCUGGACUGCAAAAACUGCACCUGUGUCAAUGGGUCCCUGGUGUGCCCACUCCAUGAGUGUCCAGUUCUUGGGACUUGGUCAGCCUGGAGCAGUUGCUCAGUUCCCUGUGGUGGGGGCACCAUGGAGCGACAUCGGAGCUGUGAAGAGGGUCCUGGGGGCGCACCAUGCCAGGCCCAGGACACAGAGCAACAGCGCGAAUGUAACCUACAGCCUUGCCCUGAGUGCCCCCCUGGCCAGGUGCUCAGCGCCUGUGCCACCUUGUGCCCACGCCUCUGCUCACACCUGCAGCCUGGCACCGUCUGUGUACGGGAGCCCUGCCAGCCUGGCUGUGGCUGUCCCGGAGAGCAGCUGCUGCACAACAACACGUGCGUGCCCCCUGACGCCUGCCCCUGCACCCAGCUCUCUCUGCCCUGGGGCCUCACCCUGACCCUCGAAGAGCAGGCCCGGGAGCUGCCCCCAGGGACUGUGCUAACCCAGAACUGCACCCACUGUGUCUGCCAAGGUGGGGCCUUCAGCUGCUCCCUCACCAAUUGUCAAGAGUGCCCCCCUGAAGAAAUGUGGCAGCAGGUGGUCCCCGGGGAGCUGGGGCCCUGUGAGCGGACAUGCCGGGAGAUGAACACCACAGAGACUCCGAGCAACUGCAGCGCAGCACAGGCUCCGGGUUGCGUGUGCCAGCAAGGGCACUUCCGCAGCCAGGCGGGCCCCUGUGUGCCUGCAGACCGCUGUGAGUGCUGGCACCAUGGACGACCCCACCUGCCGGGAUCUGAAUGGCAGGAGGCCUGCGAGAGCUGCCGCUGCCUCAGUGGGAGGAGUGUCUGCACCCAGCACUGCCCCCUCCUCACCUGUGCUCAGGACGAGGUGCUGGUGCAGGAGCCAGGGAACUGUUGUCCCACUUGCCGCUGGAAGACUCUGGAGGAGCAGUCAGACUCCUGCAGGCACCUCACUGAGCGUCGCAACCUCACCAAGGGCCCCUGCUACCUGGACCAGGUAGAAGUGAGCUACUGCAGCGGGCACUGCCCAUCCAGCACCAAUGUCAUGCCUGAGGAGCCGUACCUGCAGAGCCAGUGCGACUGUUGUAGCUACCGCCUGGACCCCGACAGCCCCGUGCGGAUCCUGAACCUGCGCUGUCCGGGUGGCCACACAGAGCCGGUGGUGCUGCCCGUCAUCCACAGCUGCCAGUGCAGCGCCUGCCAGGGAGGCGACUUCUCCAAGCGCUGA